CACACUUGACAGGACACAGCGCUAGCCUCCCCCAGAAUUACCUUGAAUAUGCCCCAGGACAACUCGAAUGGCGUCAGCGCGACAGAAAACGCGCCCAGAUCCUUCUCAGAUCUCGAGUCUCUGCUCAAGGAUGAUAUCAAGGUCAAAGUGGCUGGAAUUGACGUCGACGGCGUGCUGAGGGGGAAGUAUAUGUCCAAAGAGAAGUUUCUGAGCGCGGCCAGCUCAGAAGGAUUCAACUUCUGCAGUGUCAUCUUCGGCUGGGACAUGCACGACACGGUGUACUCAAAAGAACUGCUCAUCUCCAAUAGGGCCAAUGGUUACCGUGAUCUUAUCGCAUCCAUUGAUCUGGCUACCUACCGUCGAAUCCCCUGGGAGGGCAACGUCCCGUUCUUCUUGGUCUCCUUCCUGGACCCUGAUACUAGGGAACCCAUAUUCGCUGACCCUCGCGGCGUCCUGCGCAGGGUCACGGACAGUGCACAAAGUAAAGGUUGGCGUUGCAUUGCCGGUUGCGAAUACGAGUACUUCCAAUUCAAAGAAACUGCGGAAUCGCUUGCGAAGAAGAACUUCAAGGAUCUUCAGCCUCUGACUCCCGGCAUGCACGGAUACUCCCUCUUGCGCACUCAGCUGAACAACGAAUAUUAUAAUGACUUGUUUGACGAAAGUCUCAAGUUUCAGAUCCCUAUCGAGGGACACCACACGGAAACGGGACCAGGCGUGUUCGAAACAGCCCUCGCCUACACCGAUGCCUUGCGCAUGGCCGACAACGCAAUCCUUUUCAAGUUCCUCGCCAAGAGCGUGGGCAUGAAACGGGGCGUAGUACCGAGCUUUAUGGCGAAACCGUGGGGAAAUCUUCCGGGUUGCAGCGGACAUAUUCAUGUCUCCCUGCGAGAUGAGAAGGGGAAGGGCAUCUUCGCUUUGCCAGAAGAUCAAGUGAAGACCGGACGUGCCAAUGCACAAUACGACGACACGAAGUUCCUCAGCCAGGAAGGGGAGUGGUUCUUGGCAGGCGUCCUUGCCGGCCUGCCCGAUAUACUGCCUAUGCUCGUCCCUACGAUAAACGGGUACAAACGUCUUGUCGGCGGCGAAGCAUUCUGGGCACCCAACGCCGUCACCUAUGGCUACGACUCGCGCAACGCCUCCGUCCGCAUCAUCUCCCCGCCCUCGGUCCCGCCCUCUGCGACGCGCCUCGAGAUCCGCGUGCCCGGCGCCGACAUGAACCCCUACUUCGCCAUGAGCGCCAUCUUCGCGCUCGGCCUGCGCGGGAUCGAGAAGAAGCUGUCGCUCCCCGGCCCUCCCGUCAGCCAGCUGACGCCAGAGGACAAGAAGAGCGGAAAGGUACAAAUGCUGCCCACAUCCCUUGAGGCUGCCACAGAGCGCAUGAUGCGCCCUGACAGCAUCGCGCGGGAGGAGUCUGUGUUCGGCAAUGACUUCGUGGAGCACUUUGGUGGGACUAGGCAGCACGAGGUGCGUCUGUGGAACGAGGCGGUCACGAACUGGGAAGUUGAGAGGUACAUUGAGCUGGCCUAGAGCGCUGGACAACGCGAAGUACAAAUACAUGUAUAAUACUAUCAGCGGCACAAUCUCAAGGGAAACAUCUGUUUCUUGGUUUGAGGAGUCG